AUGGAUCAUGAAGUGCUAGACUUCGAUAUCGGUGUAGGAGUUAGUAGUGGAGGAGAUGUAGAUGACGACGCUAUUGAUAUUGAGCACCAUGUUAUCGACGAGGAUGAUAUGCUCGAUAGCCCAAUGCCUGAUAUUUCUGUUGCCAAUUCCGAUGCUGGAAAUUACUUUCCCGAGGGUGAUCUCCUGGAUCUCGAGCCUUAUGAUGGUUUGGAAUUCGAGUCCGAAGAAGCUGCCAAGGCUUUCUACAACUCCUAUGCGCGUCGCAUUGGCUUUAGCACCCGUGUCAGUUCCUCCCGGCGCUCUCGCCGAGAUGGAGCUAUUAUACAGAGGCAAUUUGUUUGUGCCAAAGAAGGUUUCAGGAAUAUGAACGAGAAGCGCACCAAGGAUAGGGAGAUCAAGCGUCCAAGGACCAUUACAAGAGUCGGAUGCAAAGCCUCACUCUCUGUUAAGAUGCAGGAUUCCGGUAAAUGGCUUGUCUCUGGGUUUGUCAAAGAGCACAACCAUGAGUUGGUUCCUCCCGACCAAGUUCAUUGUCUGCGUUCGCAUAGGCAAAUCUCUGGUCCAGCCAAGACCUUGAUAGACACAUUGCAAGCUGCAGGAAUGGGUCCCCGCAGGAUAAUGUCUGCCCUGAUCAAAGAGUAUGGUGGCAUAAGCAAGGUUGGCUUCACCGAAGUGGACUGUAGGAAUUAUAUGAGGAACAAUCGGCAGAAGAGCAUUGAAGGAGAGAUUCAGCUUCUUCUUGACUACCUGAGGCAGAUGAAUGCUGACAACCCAAACUUCUAUUAUGCGGUACAAGGAAGCGAAGAUCACUCUGUGGGUAAUGUGAUCUGGGCUGAUCCAAAAGGCAUAACGGAUUUCACUUAUUUUGGGGAUACUGUUACAUUUGAUACAACCUACAGGUCCAACAGGUACCGUUUGCCUUUUGCACCCUUCACUGGUGUAAACCACCAUGGACAACCCAUUCUUUUCGGCUGUGCCUUUAUCAUAAACGAAACCGAGGCUUCAUUUGUAUGGCUUUUCAAUACGUGGCUAGCAGCAAUGUCCGCCCACCCUCCCGUCUCAAUCACCACCGAUCAUGAUGCGGUUAUACGUGCAGCCAUCAUGCAGGUUUUUCCAGGUGCCCGCCAUCGGUUUUGCAAAUGGCAUAUUUUUAAAAAAUGUCAGGAGAAGUUGUCACAUGUCUUCCUCAAGCAUCCUUCAUUUGAGUCAGAUUUCCACAAAAGUGUCAAUCUGACCGAGUCAGUUGAGGAUUUUGAGUCAUGCUGGUUUUCACUUGUUGACAAAUAUGAGCUAAGAGAUCACGAGUGGCUACAAGCAAUAUACUCCGAUCGCCGGCAGUGGGUUCCAGUAUAUCUCCGUGAUACCUUUUUUGCCGAAAUGUCAUUAACUCAGCGUAGUGACAGUAUGAAUUCGUAUUUUGAUGGUUACAUCAACGCUUCAACCAAUCUAAGCCAGUUCUUCAAACUGUAUGAAAAAGCUCGGGAGAGUCGCCUCGAGAAAGAAGUUAAAGCAGAUUAUGAUACAAUGAACGCACCUCCUGUUCUGAAGACUCCAUCUCCAAUGGAGAAGCAGGCGUCUGAACUUUACACAAGGAAGUUGUUUAUGAGAUUUCAGGAGGAACUAGUUGGAACGUUGACUUUCAUGGCAUCCAAAGCUGAUGAUGAUGGGGAUCUUGUUACUUACCAGGUUGCAAAAUAUGGAGAGGCCCACAAGGCUCAUUUCGUGAAGUUCAAUGUUUUGGAGAUGAGAGCAAAUUGCAGUUGCCAGAUGUUUGAGUUCUCUGGCAUCAUAUGCAGACAUAUAUUGGCAGUCUUCCGAGUCACCAAUCUCCUCACACUUCCACCUUACUAUAUCCUAAAAAGAUGGACCAGAAAUGCCAAAAGCAGUGUUAUAUUUGAUGAUUAUGGUUUGCAUGCAUAUGCUAAUUACUUGGAGUCUCAUACUGUCCGAUACAACACCUUACGCCACAAAGCUUCUAAUUUUGUGCAAGAAGCAGGAAAAUCCCUGUAUACUUGUGAUGUCGCUGUUGUUGCUCUGCAAGAAGCUGCCAAGACUGUGUCCCUAGCAAUGAAAAAUGAAUUUAGAAGAACUAUGGCUAACGGGCAUGUAAAAGAGAGUUCUGUAACUGAAGGAAAACAGACGUGCUGCAAUGAGGACUGUCAGCAAGAAGUGCCGCAACCGGAGCCCGAGGACGAAAUGGACAAGAAGAUUAACCAGCUCAGAAACGAGCUGGAAUUAGCGAACAGGAAAUGUGAAGCUUACAGGACUAACCUACUUUCAGUGUUGAAAGAAAUGGAAGAUCAAAAGUUACAAGUAUCCAUCAAAAUGCAGAACAUCAAAAUUAGCUUGAAAGACAAUCUGUGA